AUCCAGGGUCUUGUUCUCCAUCUAUAGAAAUAUCGAGCAGCAGGUGUUUUCUUUUCCAUUUCCAGAUCAAGCUAUGAAAUGGAUGGAGGCAAAAGAAAUAUCCUUCUGUACUCGUUGUGCUGCUGCUAUAUGAUCCCACGAUAUACCUGCACAGUACUUCAUUCUCAGACUGUGAGAUUUUCACCUCAAGUUGGUAUUCAUAGGGAGCAGCAGUCCAUAUGCCCUCCGAUCAGCGUCGGGGAGGAUCAUUUCCCAGGCUUUUACAUUAUGUCUCAGUUUCACAUUGCUGAGCUGGCAAGAAGGGGCACUGUUAAAAAGGUUGCUGGAUCAUUACCUCAGCAUGUUGCUUAUCAAAUAGGCCCAGCAUUCAACUUCAGGAUCAACACAAGAUCAGCGUAUCCCCUGGGACUGUCAGAGGACUUUGCAUUCGUGGUUGUGCUGCGCAUGAGUGGCAGUACCAUCACUAAAAACUGGAAUAUGUGGCAAAUGCAGGAUGUGAAUGGCAACGAGCAGCUGGCCGUCAGACUCAACGGGCAGUCUCAAUCUCUGGAGUUUACCUUCAUGGCGCUGGACGCCGGGAGGCAGACUGUUGUUUUCAGCCACCUGCCUUUUCUUUUCAAUGAACAGUGGCACAAAGUUGUGCUGCACGUCAGCAGGCACUCUGUUACCCUCUUCGUAGACUGUGUCACGAUCGGUUCUCAGAAUUUACCACCCCGACAAAAAGUCAGUCCAGAUGGCUUCACGUUAAUAGGGAAGCUCAAGGACAACCCAGUGCUAGCAAUUCCGGGCCGGCCCUAA